AUGCACUAUCCAGACUUUGGGUUCAGAUGGACAAGGUUUACACCAGAGUCACUACAAAUUGCAGAGGAUGACAAAGAACAUGUUUUGACCAUUUUAAGUACUGUACCUAUUAUCUGCCAAGGUCAAGGUGACAUCUGUAAAAUUACUUUACAGCUGAAAAUUGAAGAUUCUGAUAACCUAUUAUUGGGGCCCCCAAACAUAGCCCUUUCAGCAUGCCAGGUGGAUCUCCUGCAUGUGCCGUGUACAGAAGGCAGUUGUGCAAGAGCCUCUCUCACUGUGACAGCUGUGACAGACUUUGCCCAGGAUGGAGACCGCAUCAGCUAUAUCAGAGCGGAGCCAGUCACAAGGAGCGAACUACUCUGGAGAGCUUAUGCGCCAAAGGAUGUAAAGGUCACAGUUCAAGACCUCCCAACAGGGAACUGCUACUCUUUCACUGAUCCACACAUUAUCACAUUUGAUGGAAGGCGUUACGACAAUUAUAAAAUUGGAACCUUUCUUUUGUGCAAGAGCCUGGCCCGUGUGUUUGAGGUACAUGUACGACAGUGGGACUGUGGAAGCCGCCAGUAUGCUGUUGCCUGCAACUGCGGUGUAGCUGCCUGGGAGGGUAAUGACAUCAUCUUGCUAGACAUGUGUAAUGGUCAGUUUCAGGAAACCAGACCUCAGCUGUCCAUUAAGAGCAUUGGCGCAUCACCUCAACGUGUCAAAAUCGUGAAGUCCUACGGAGGGAAAAAAAUUACCAUCAUCUUCCCUUCAGGAGCAUUUGUUCGAGCUGAUGUCAGUGAGUGGGGAAUGAGUUUGACAGUCAGGGCACCAAGCAUCGAUUUUAACAGCACCAGAGGUUUGUGUGGCAUCUUUGAUGGGAACAGUCAUAAUGACUUCCAUAACACCAGCGGGAGUCCUUUACUAUCACACCAGAGUAACAUGCCUGAGGAAGACUUCAUAGAAGAGUGGAGAAUACCCCCAGGGAAGAGUUUAUUUGACAAGACUCCACCAAUCUCUGAAGGGGAGAAAAGGAAAAAUUACUGCAGAUGUCAGAAGGAGCACACUCUAUCUCUGCACUCUGUAACUACACCAAAUGCCUUUCAGAGGUCUUUUCCACAAUCUCUAGGCUGCCAUUAUGAUAAUGUGGAUUAUACUUCUGCAAUCCCACAUCUAGAUGUUACAUCAGAAUAUGUCACUCGCUUAGAAAUAGAAUCUACUUUAAGAAGUGAUGGGAAAUUGUUGGCCAAAGCAUUUGAUCAAAGAUAUCUGCCUAAAUCAGUCAAAAAGAGAGAUAGCCACGAUAGCAGAUUAAAACAAUACGCACAAAAAGUUUCCUUGAAAAAUCAAAAAAACAACAGUUUUAUUAACUCUACUAAACCAGAAGAAGUGCUAGAUAGAGCAAAAAGGCAAGAAGACUAUUCUGAAUACUUACCUUUUUAUUCAUUUCAAAAUGAGAGUCAAAAGGACUUGGAAAGCUUUGCAUAUUUUUUCCCAGAGGAUUACUUUGAAGGGAUUCAGCCGAAAGUUCAGUCAAAAUGGCCUACUCCAGGUGGCCUAACCUCAACCAAAGCCUUGGAGAUCUGUCAGCAGGUUCUUGCUAAUUCUACUAUUGGCUCCAUCUGUAAAGACAUCCUUGGGAGACAGCUGGAUAAGGCAAUUGAUAUGUGCCUUUUAGAUCUGCAACUCAAGGAUGACCUGGCGUGGGAAGGUGCAAUGAUAGCGUUUUUGGAAAAUGAGUGUGAAAGAAAAGUGCUAGAAAAUAGAACUAAGCUGUUUCAUACAGCAAAUGGGCUACUUGCCACUCACGAGGAAAUACUCACAGCUCUCAGGUGUCCCAAUUUCUGUAAUGGCAACGGACAGUGCACAGAAUGGGGGUGCCGAUGCUUUGAAGACCACAGUUCCUAUGACUGUAGCAUUGCCAAGAAGAACACUCUGGAGAUCACAGACUUAGAGAACAGGGGUCUCUGUGAUAUACGAGUUUCUGAUUGUAACAGGAUCCGGGUGUUUGGCCUCAGCUUCAGAGACUCUCCUGAUCUGCACUGUGAGGUCACCAGAUUGAUUGUAAGCAAUGUACCAUGGGAGCGCAAAGUCAAUCAGCAAUACAGUAGAACUAUUUACGUGCUUACAUUUGUAAAAGCACCUACUCCUCAUCUCAAUGGCAACUGGAUAUCAAGAGAACAAGAACCCACAAAAGCAGAUUUUCUCAGCUCUACAGCUGUUGACUGCCAGAUUCCUGUUCUGAACAGCACAGAAACAGAGGCUGCGCGCUUCAUGGCUGAUGAUGAACCAUUCGCAAGAUGGCAAGUGAAAAUUACUAAUGAUGGCUUCCAGUACAGCAAUUCCAAAGUUCUGACCCUGUACGAUGGAGCCUGCCAGGUCUGUGAAUUCCAUCCAACUGGACUUUGUAAGUUAAAGGAAGAAACUUGUAACAUAGAUGGACUAUGCUACAGUGAAGGAGAUUCAAGCCCUACUAGUCCAUGUCUUCUCUGUGAACCUGACAUUUCGAAAUUCACAUGGUCUAUUAAUGAAAACAAUCUACCUCCUGUGUUCCAAGUCCCUUCCAGCCAGCUGCUGACGUUUAUUGGUGAGAAUUUUGUUUACCAGUUAAUAGCAGUGGAUCCUGAAGGGUCGGCAGUGCUAUUCAUCUUAGAGGCUGGGCCACAGGAUGCCACGCUGUCUCCUGCUGGCCUUCUUAUCUGGAAAGUCGAUUUGGAAGAACCGCAGAUCUUUGAAUUCUCUGUGUCAGAUGAAUGCAAUGCACAAAGCAGAUACUCUGUUGAGGUUUUAGUGAAGCCUUGCAGCUGCAUGAAUGGUGGAUCAUGUGUUACCAAUAUUAACUUCCCUCCAGGAAUUGGUGAAUAUCUCUGCAUAUGCCCCAGUGGAUUUGAUGGGAACUUUUGCCAGGAAAAUAUAAAUGACUGCAAACCAAACUCAUGUGGGAGUGGCAUUUGCGUGAACAGUGUAGAUAGCUACACUUGUAAAUGUCCAGCUGGUUUAAAAGGGCUUACUUGUCAGGAAGAUGUGAACGAAUGUGAAGAGAAUCUUUGUUUUCCUGGAGUGUCUUGCAUAAACACCUUUGGAUCUUAUAUAUGUGGAACUUGCCCCAGUGGAAUGGAGGGGGAUGGUAAAUCUUGCAGAUAUGAGGCCAUUGCUGACAUUACAGAAGAUUUCAUUAGUGAUAAUAAUAAUGCCAAAGGUGAAUUGAACAAGAUAGAGGGUGAAUGGCCAAUGCAACCCUUAGAGGCAAAGAAAGCUCCUGCAAUUAAGAGUGUUAACGGUAGUGACACACAUGGUGUCAGAGCUGCUGUACGACCUAUUACUACCUGUGCCAAUAGGCCAUGCUUCCCUGGGGUCUUAUGUGUUGAUCGUAAACCUCCUGAUAUUGGGUACAUUUGUGGUCGGUGUCCAUCAGGCUUUUUUGGAAAUGGACGAAUCUGUACACAAACUCCUAGACCAGUGUCAAGAUCUUCCUACAGUCGUACAGAUACUGCUGAGAGAGGUAAUAUAGACACUAAAGGCUCCUACCAAGAAAAAGUUGUCAUAAAGUCAAGAAAUACUGAUUCUAAACUUUCCCAGGCUCAAAUCCCAAGACUAGAACACGCUUACCUUAUGACAAGAAACCCAACAGUCACUGAUAUUCAAUCACUUACUUUGAAAAGGAGGGUUUCCCAGCCUCAGGCAUCAGAUACAAGGAAUACUGAUCCAGAUUCCUCACUACUUCAAAGAGCAUCUUCCCAUAAUAAAGUAAAAAUAAAAAAUUCUACACAUGAUCUACUUCUGCUCCAAGAACCUAGCCCCAAAGCAGCAACUGUCAGAAUGACAACCCAGAUCCCCUCCGAUUAUAAGCUAAAUGUUAGAUCGCAUGCAGCUGGGACUAUUUCUCCCUAUCAUGGGAAGAACACAAGUUUAUUAGUUACAAGGCCACAUGCUGUUCGACGGAUCCAGCCAAUAUUUGACUUUUCCCCUGGAAAAUGGUCCAGUAGGAUUGCAACUACAAAGACUAAACCAGCCCAUGCUUUUAGAACAGAGCAACCAAAGACAUCUGCUUUGACAGCACCACUAACCUCCUCAUUCCAUCUGAGAGCUCCUUUUUCGGGUAUGGCUCCCCAAAGUGCUAACUUCCCAGUACUUCCCAGAACUUUUGCUCAAGCAAGGAUUCCAGAACAGAGAACUGCAAUCAGAAAGUCAAGUGCCUCAAGAGUGGAUCAUUUGGCGCUAUCAAAAACUAUUAACAGGGUGCUGCAUCCAAACAAGAAAAUCACAUGUGCUAAUAUGCCGUGUUUUAACAGAGUGCAGUGUGAGCCAGCCAAAGAUGGAGGAUUUAAAUGUGGCCAUUGUCCCUCUGGAUACAAUGGUGAUGGAAUGACAUGUCAAGUGUUGUGUGAUCCACCUUGUGAGCAUGGAGGAACCUGUGUGGCUCAGAAUAGCUGUUCCUGUGCUUAUGGAUUUGUUGGUCCUAGAUGUGAAACAAUGAUAUGCAAUAGACAUUGUCAUAAUGGUGGGAAAUGUGUAACACCAGAUGAGUGCAAAUGCAAAACUGGAUGGAGCAGUCCUUCCUGUGAAACAGCUAUCUGUAGCCCUGUUUGCCUAAAUGGUGGAAUCUGUGUACGUCCAAAUACCUGUGCUUGUCCUUAUGGCUUCUAUGGACCCCAGUGCCAAACUGCUCUUUGCCAUCCUCCUUGUAAGAAUGGUGGCCACUGUGUGAGAAAUAAUGUGUGCACCUGUCCUGAGGGUUACGCUGGAAGAAGGUGUCAGAAAAGUAUCUGUGAUCCCAUGUGCAUGAAUGGAGGGAAAUGUAUAAGCCCAGAUGUCUGUGACUGCCCAUCUGGUUGGAGGGGCAAGCGGUGCAAUAAACCUGUUUGUCUGCAGAAGUGUCUGAAUGGUGGAGAAUGUGUAGGCCCCAGUGUCUGUGCAUGCUCUGAAGGAUGGAUAGGAAUGCUGUGUCAGACUCCUCUUUGUGAGAAGUGUCUAUUUGGAAGCAGGUGUAUAAGACCAAAUGUAUGUGCCUGUAGAAGUGGAUAUACUGGUUUAACCUGUAGAAAGAAGCAAAACACAGAACUGACUGUGAAUGCUGCCAUUACAAGAGACUUAGCACUUGAUGGCCAGUUGACAUGA